GAGUGACUUGAAAAGAAAACCCUCCAUCACCAAAAGUAUAUGUGUCUCAUUCUCAAGACAAUGGUAACGUAACGUAGCCAAUGCAGCCACUCGCACCCACAGUAACUUCAAAGCAUCAUCUGCCAACUCCUCAAAGCCCAAAGAGCAUACAAUCAUAUGCACAUGAGCCGUGACUGCUGAAUGUACUGAUCGCUGAUCAUACGUUCGAGGCGUAGCCAUGGGCGCCACAAGCAACCAUGCCGCUCCCAUCUCUCGAGCCAUCCUUUCGCUCGUGACGAUCAUCUUCUCCGCCGUCUGCGACUCUGACCCGGACCUCCUCGUCGACUACUGCGUCGCCGACACGAGGGCCGCCGCCGGCGCGCUCGACUUCCACUUCAACGGCCUGCCGUGCAUCGACCCGGCGACGGCGCGCGCGGGCCACUUCGCGACGUCGGCGCUCUCGGCGCCCACGGACCCGUCGGCCACGCUCUUCGGGUUCAACGCGACGGUGACCAGCCCGGCGGCGUCCCUCCCAGGCGCGAACGCGCAGGGGCUGGCCAUGGCGCGCGUGGACCUCGCGCCCGGCGGCAUGGCGCCGCUGCACUCCCACCCGCGCGCGUCGGAGGUGGCGCUGGUGCUCUCCGGCGGCGUGCUGGUGGGGUUCGCCGACACGUCGUACCGGCUGUACACGCAGCGGCUGCGCGCCGGCGAGGCGUUCGUGUUCCCGAGGGGCAUGGUGCACUUCAUUCGCAACGAGGACACGUCGUCGCCGGCCGUCGUGCUGUCCGGGCUCAACAGCCAGAGCCCCGGCGCGCAGCUCCUGCCCUUCUCGGCGUUCCGGACGGAGCCGCGGCUGCCCGACGAGGUCGUCAAGAAGACCUUCAGGAUCACCGGGCAGGACGUGCAGAGGAUACAAAGGAGCCUCGGUGGCUCGUAGCCUCGUAGGGGAGAUGUAUGCCCUCUGCUCGCCUCGAUUUAGUAUUACCACAUAAUAUAAUUAUCCAUGUGUUACCACAGGUGGCUAAAUAUUCUGUACGGAAUUUCAUGAUUUAUGUAUUAUUUUAUUAUUA